AUGGCAUCCUCAACAGGAAUACCACAAAAUCCUCGAGUAGCUUCAGGAGAACUUCCAGAUCCUUAUGAAGCUGGUUAUGGAGAAGAUGAGCCUUUAAUCGGAAGAGCCGGCGACGCCUCACAACAAGAAGGUCGUCCACUCGUCUGGAAUCUCGCACUUGGUACAGCAAUCAUCACUCAAGUCGGACUUCUCCUCCUCGUAGCUCAUAUCUGGGCUAGCAUAUUUCUCUCCCCAUUAAUGCUCUUCUCAGCACAUCCUCUUCUCAAUUCUGCCGCCCUCUUGGUUCUUACCCAAGGAAUCCUCAUUCUACAACCUACACAUACUGCUACACAGAAACGUCAGGGUACAAUUGCACAUGCGGGAAUAAAUGCAUUAGCUAGUAGUCUUCUAAUCGCCGGUCUCGUCGUUAUCGAAGUCAAUAAAUUCGCACACAAUGGAACACAUUUUGAAUCAGCUCAUGCUAUUCUGGGUUUGAUAACUUAUAUACUCCUCUUAAUUCAAUCUCUAGUCGGCUUCACACAAUACUUUACCCCCUCUCUAUACGGCGAUAUUUCAACCGCAAAAUCCAUCUAUAAAUAUCAUCGAUUGAGUGGAUACCUCGUUCUUCUCCUAAUGCUUGCUACAAUCGCCGCGGCGACGUGGACACCUUUUAAUGUUAAUGCAUUGCAUAUUAAGAGCUGGGCAGUUAUUGUUUGUGCUGUAUUGGUCUUGAUUGGAAUCAUUCCACGAAUUAAGAGACAGAAAUUAGGUUUGGGAUCAUCUAGACAUUGA